AUGGCAAAUGGUAAAAUACCUGAUGAUUCAAUCACGGCGUCGUCUACUCAUUCAAACAAAUACACACCUAGCUAUGCAAGACUGACAAGGGAAGGUUCUAGCUGCUCUUGGACACCUACUGCGGCAGGGCGUAUCGGCUCAUGGCUUCAGGUUGAUCUGGGACAACUUGCCACAGUAACAAAAAUAGCAACCCAGGGAACAUGCUAUAGCCCCAGUGAAUGGACAAAGUCGCACUCGGUUUCAUACAGCACUGAAUCCAAUUCAUGGACACCUUACGAAGAAUCAGGGAAUGUAAAGGUAAAUCAGCGCAUCAAUCUUGUAUUGGGGAUUUUACAAAACGCGGAUUCAGAAAUUAAUAUAAAGGCCCGUUUACACAUGUAAUUUUUGCUGCGAUUUCUAAUGCAAUUUUCCUGUUCGGAUGGAGGUGAGCGAGUAGAUGAGUUACUAAUGUUCUGAGUAUGUGUACCCUCAUUUGGACAUUCAUAACUCAUACACUCGUUCACAAGUAUUAGAAGAGGAGAAUCGUACUAGAAAUCGCAGCAAAAAUUGCAAGUGUAUAAACGUGCCUUAAUUUAAGCGUACAAAAAAUUGUCAGCUUAGGCCUGUUCUAGGAAGCUCAUGGGAGUGGAAUGAAUUAUUGAAACCUAUCAUCUGACUUUUUAAUUUAGGUUUUUCAAGCAAACACCGAUCGAGGUUCCAUCGUUACCCACUCAUUCACACCUCGUAUUCGUGCUCGGUACCUGCGUGUGUUGCCAGAAUCUUGGAGCAAUUAUCCUACAAUGCGACUCGAGUUUUACGGUUGUCGCCACCGGUAG